GCGGGAAGGGGAGGAGGGAGAGGAGGAAGAACGGGAGGAGGGCAAAGGAAAGAGCAGGAACAGCAGCAGGAGGCGUGGUGGGGCUGCCGGGCCGGGGCAUGGAGCAGCGCGGCGGGGGCUGAGCGGUUCCCCAAGAUGCUGCAGGUCCCGCUGCCCCUGGACCGGGAUGGGAUCCUGUUCCGGCUGCGUUUCACCACUCUGGCCCUGGGCACCGUGUUCUGCCCCCUCUUUGGGUUCCUCUUCUGUGUGAUCUGGUCCCUGCUCUUCCAUUUCCGUGAGACGACUGCGACCCACUGCGGGGUGCCCAACUACCUGCCGUCCAUCAGCGCGGCCAUCGGGGGCGAGACCCCCCAGCGCUACGUGUGGCGCCUGUGCAUCGGCCUGCACUCGGCCCCCCGCUUCCUCGUGGCCGUGGCCUACUGGAACCACUACCAGAGCUGCCACUGCUCCCACCCCCGCUACCUGCGCCUGUGCCACUGCACCCUGCUGCUCAACCUGCUGGAGAACGUCGCCCUGCUCAUCCUCACCUACGUGUCCUCCUCCGAGAACUAUGCAAUCCAUGAAAAUGCCUUCAUUGUGUUCAUCUCGUCGGCCCUGGGCCACAUGCUGCUCACCUGCAUCCUCUGGAGAAUGACUAAGAAACACACAGUAAGUCCCGAGGAGCGCAAGUCGUACAAGUGGAAGCAGCUGCUCUUCUUCUUCACCUUCAUCACGUUCGCGUUCGCCGUGUGUGUGUAUUUCCACCACAACUGGUACUGCGGCCCCGGAGUGUACACCGUCUUCGCCUUCCUGGAGUACCUGGUUGUCCUCUCCAACAUGGCCUUCCACAUGACUGCCUUCUGGGACUUCGGCAACAAGGAGCUGGUGGUGAGCUCGCUGCUGGAGGACAAGCACUUCUAGCCGGCCCCACUGCUGGGGGCUACUCUUCCUGGGGGAGGCAGGGAGCCCCUUCCCUCUCCUGCCAGGGCAGGGUGUUUGCUGUGGAGCUGCUGCAAGGAUCCUCCCGGGAUCCUGGGCCCCCCAGGGAUCCUCCCGGGCCCCCCGAGUGUCUGUGCGUGGUCCCUGGCUGUGCCUGCAGCCCUCGUACAGUGGAGCUGGGGGCUCUUCCCAGGGACCCCCUGCUCUGGCUCCCUGCCAGCUGUGGGAGGGCAGGACAGAGCAGGGACAGGGACCUGCUGCCUGUUUCUUUGGAGGAUGCUCCAGGCAGAGCAGGAUUCUGCUCCUGGCAUCGGGGCGUAGGGGGCCGGCCCUGCCCUGCUUGGCCUGGGGGGUCUCGUGGUUCCUCCCCCAGGCUGGAGGUCCGGGGACAAGCCCUCAGAAAGGGCUGGUGGCCUUUUGGGCUGGCUCUGGGCAUUGCUCUCCCAUGGGACUGGGGCAGGAUCCUGGCCCAUCCGUGCCUGAGUUCCCGGGAGGGGAGCGGGGAGGUGCCGGCCUGUGCACGGACUGCAGGGAGUGGGGCAGGAGCACCCAGGGCAUGACAGCUGUGGGAGCACCCACACUCUCCUUCCUGCCUUUCCCAGAAACCCCCCAGCAGCACAGGCUGCACCCAGGGGGUCUGUGCCCCAGUUCCAGCCCAGUUUGGGGAGGAAGGGCGGGGGGGCUGGUGCUGGAGGUCCCUGCUCCGAUAUCCACGUGGAUUUCCCUGUGCUGUGGGGCUGGAGCUGGGAGCUGCUGGGGUCCAGCAGUGUCCCCUGUGUGUGAGCUCUGGCUGCAAGGGCACUGUGGGCACAGCAGGGUGGGAGCUGGGGACUGGCAGCAUCCCCAGGCUCCUCCUGGCAGCACUGCUGGAAGUGGCACCUGGAGCUGAUGUGUUUUUGGGGAGCUCUGCGCUUGUCAGGGCUCAUCCCACCCCACACCCGGCCAGGAAGGACCGGCGUGGGUCCCUCCCUGCCCUUCCCCACCAAGAGUCCCCUGGGAUGUCCCGGUGCUCAUCCCUGCGCCCCCAGGGCUGGGCUGAGCCUCCUCCAGCAGGAGCUGUGGGGCCCCGGCUGAGCUGGGGCCAGGCUGGCUCUGGGUGCUGCCCUGUGUGCAUCGUUGGUGUCCCCACCCAUGGCCCCAUCCAUGGCCCAUCCAUGGCCCAUCCAUGGCCCCAUCCAUGGCCCAUCCAUGGGCCCACCCAUGGCCCCCUCCGUGUCCCUGCAUGCGUGUGACGCGCUGCCCCGUCAGCGCCGUGGCUUUGGGUGGAAAUAAAGCACUGAGUAUUUUUGUGA